UGAUCAUGAAUUGUAUUCUUUCUGUGCAGGCAGAUUCAAAGUUUCCGUGAUGUCAUUGGUCGUUGUCAUUGACAGAAGUCACGUGGCUUCAUCACGUGACAUCCCGGAAACUGUGAGGUGUUUUUUUUUUACUGUAUGUAUUGUCGGCUCACCGCGACGCCGAGUCGCACACAAUGCAUGUCGGUGAGACUCCAUAAGUAUGGAUAAGAUAAACAUUUGUCUACGUCCCGGCGUGCUUCUUGAGGUAAUUACCUGUCUUUUGUCGCCAUUGUGAGCGUCCACUCCGAACCAUCACCAUGGCAUCUUCGAGGUGCGUUCAGGACCUUGCCACAGAGAAGGACAGACUUCUUUCCUCCACGACCGACUACGGGUCUCAGGACCUUCUUGGGGCUAGUCUUGUGAGCGCCGACCUCCGCCAGCUGCAGGAGCAGGAGGAGGAAGAGUCCCUGAGGAGGAAGCUCAAGUAUUUCUUCAUGAGCCCGUGCGACAAGUACCACGCCAAGGGACGCAAGCCCUUCAAGCUGGGCCUGCAGCUUCUCAAAAUCGUCAUCGUCACAGUGCAGCUGGUGCUCUUUGGCCUGAGCAACCAGAUGGUUGUGACGUUCAAAGAGGAAAACACAGCGGCGUUCAAACAUCUCUUUCUGAGGGGUUACCGUGACAACACUCCUCAGGCGGUCCACACGCAAAAAGAACUGUACAGCCACAUCAACUUUGCCAUUGCGCAGUACCUCGCUCUCCCUGAGAUCUCUCUGGGACAGUAUGCCUACGUACCAGGUGUCGGGGGAAAUGGAAGUGCGCUCCUCCUGUGCCAGAGAUACUACAAGAGGGCCACCAUCAUCCCUGUCAAUGAGACCUUCGACAUCGAUCCUCAUAUUCUCACUGAGUGCAUCGGAGUCAGCCCGCAGACUCACGGUUCCGCUGGUGGAGAAGGCGACUACAGGAACUUCACUCUCAACUUUUACAAGCUGAUCAAUGUGACAAUUGAUUUCCAGUUGAAGGCGAUCAACGUUCAGACCAUCAUCAACAAUGAGAUCCCUGACUGCUACACCUUUGCUAUCACGAUCCUCAUGGACAACCGAGCUCACAGCGGCAAAGUUAAGGUGAGUUUACAAAACCAGGCCUCCAUAAGGGAAUGUAAGGACCCCAACGUGUCUGGACAUGCGGAGAGCUACGCCCGGCAGUUCUUUGACGUGUUGGUGGCGCUCGUUUGCCUGCUCUCUCUGCUGCUGUGUGGACGGUCCGUCCUCAGAGGUGUAAUCUUGCAACACGAAUACGGACAGUUUUUCCAGAGCAGACUGGGCCGUGGCGUGAGCUGGGGUGACAGAAUGGAGUUCAUCAACGGCUGGUACAUUCUGCUCAUCGUAAGCGACAUGUUCACCAUCGUCGGCAGCUUCAUCAAGAUUGGGAUCGAGUCCAAGAAUUUAUCAUCCUACGACGUGUGUUCCAUCCUGCUGGGAACGUCCACUUUGUUGGUAUGGCUGGGAGUCAUCCGUUAUCUCAGCUUCUUUCAGAAAUACAACAUCUUGAUCGUGACACUCCGGGCUGCUUUUCCCAAUGUCAUCCGUUUCUGUUGCUGCGCGGCCGCCAUAUAUUUGGGAUACUGCUUCUGUGGAUGGAUUGUACUGGGCCCGUAUCAUACCAAGUUUCGCUCCCUGCCCAUGGUGUCAGAGUGCCUCUUUUCGCUGAUUAACGGCGAUGACAUGUUUGUGACGUUCGCCGAGAUGGAGCGGACCGGCACACUGGUUUGGAUCUUCAGCCAGGUCUACCUUUACACCUUCAUCUCCCUCUUCAUCUACAUGGUGCUGUCCCUCUUCAUCGCGCUCAUCACCGGAGCCUACGACACCAUCAUGGCGCAAACACAGGAGCAGGUACGCGUCAGCGACCUCCAUGCGUUUAUCGCGGCGUGCACGGACACGCCCAGCUCUGGGAGGUUCCGCAGUCCUGAGGGGUCGUCAUGCUCCUUCCUCUGCUGCUGUGAGUGGUGAGGAGGAGGACGUCAGAUUGGAGUCCCAGCAGGGAGGAUGAAGAUGAGGAUGAGGAUGAUGCAGAGAACCAACUGACCUUGAACCGCUCUGUCCUCUCUCUGUUCUCUCUCUAACUGAACUGUGCAUUCCUACUCAUGCUGUUACACUCGUGUAUUUUGCACCAGAUCAAUGGCCAGCUUUGGCUUUUAUUCUGAAGGGAUAAUGACUUGCUGUGAAAUGUAAAGCCAGUAACCACACAACGUACUUGAACUCACCAUCAUGUAAAGACUUUUUAUUUUUUUUAUUUUUUUUUUAGCAUUUUUAUUGUCAAUGUCAGAAUUUUUAAAUGUUCCUUGCAAAGUAGAAUAGACAUCAAAAUAACUAUUGCGAUACGGUGUACACUAGGGGUGUCAUGAUACAACCUUUUUAUUUAUUUAUUUUUUUUUACUUCCGAUACGAUUUUGAAGCAUUGAUUAUUGGCCGAUACCGAUAUUGAUCCCAGACGAUAUUAUAGGGCUGGGCGAUAUGGCUGAAAACUGUAUCACGAUAUAAAUGUUUUUCUCGGACAAAAAGGAAAAGCGGUAGAAAAAGGAUGGAUGGAUUGUUAAUUAUUAUGUUAUUUUUAUGAGCUAUCGAAAGGAGCAUUUUUAUUACCUUCCUCUGAUUUUAGGCAGAAGGUGCGUGGAAAACACUCAAACAAUAUCCUAAUAACUUCUGACCCAGGGGUCCCCAAACUUUUUGACUUGGGGGCCGCAUUGAGUUAAAAAACAUUUGGGGCCGGGCUAUAUAUAUAUAUAUAUAUAUAUAUAUAUAUAUAUAUAACUCUUUGUUUAUUUCAACUAUUUGACAUUGAGGCUGUUUUAUCCGAUGACUCAAUUCAUCAAAGAAACUAAUCAGUAGAUUACUCAAUGACUAAAACAAUAGCAGGUACGAAAAACACUAACCUAUUUAUUAUUAACCGUCUAGAGUGGACUUAUUCUGUCUUUAAGUUGAUUUUUUGAUGACACCACAAUAACUCAUUAAGUUAUGAUCAUGGCUCAGUAAAUCGAGUGAUGCGGACACGUUUGUUACUGGAAACUUUCAAAUACAUUUCUACCCUGGAGGCUUUGUGUGUGUAAGUACAAAACCAGUGAAGUUGGCACGUUGUGUAAUUAGUAAACAAUUUGAAAUGUGGACUCGUCAGACCACAGAAUACAUUUCCACUUCGCAUCAGUCCAUCUUGGAUGAGCUCGGGCCCAGCGAAGCCGGCAGCGUUUCUGGGUGUUGUUGAUAAAUGGCUUUCGCUUUGCAUAGUGGAGUUUGAACUUGCACUUACAGAUGUAGCGACCAACUGUAUAGUGACUGACAGUGGUUUUUUGAAGAGUUCCUGAGCCCAUGUGGUGAUAUCCUUUACACACUGAUGUCACUUUUUGAUGCAGUACCGCCUGAGGGAUCCAAGGUCACGGGCAUUCAAUGGUACGUGCAGUGAUUUCUCCAGAUUCUCUGAACCUUUUGAUGGUAUUACAGACCGUAGAUGGUGAAAUCCCUAAAUUCCUUGCAAUAGCUGGUUGAGAAAUGUUGUUCUUAAACUGUUGGACAAUUUGCUCACGCAAUUGUUCACAAAGUGGUGACCCUGGCCCCAUCCUUGUUUGUGAAUGACUGAGCAUUUCAUGGAAGCUGCUUUUACACCCAAUCACGGCACCCACCUGUUCCCAAUUAGCCUGUUCACCUGUGGGAUGUUCCAAAUAAGUGUUUGACGAGCAUUCCUCAACUGUCUCAGUCUUUUUUGCCACUUGUGCCAGCUUCUAUGAAACAUGUUGCAGGCAUCAAAUUCCAAAUGAGCUAAUAUUUGCAAAAAAAUAACGUUUUCCAGUUCGAACGUUAAAUAUCUUGUCUUUGCAGUCUAUUCAAUUGAAUAUAAGUUGAAAAGGAUUUGCAAAUCAUUGUAUUCUGUUUUUAUUUACCAUUUACACAACAUGCCAACUUCACUGUUUUUGGGGUUUGUAAUAUGCAACGAUGAUUAUUAGAUACUUCUUUAGAUUACCUAAAGACUGCAAUAUCGUUUAGUUAAGGGCACAUAUUACGUAUGUUUAGCUUGUUUGUUAUUGUGUGCUGAGCUGUUGUGUAGCUGCGAGCUCCCAGUUGUCCAUAGCCUACCACAGAUAACUUGACUAAAAUAUACUAAUUUUUUUUUGUUAAUAUGGUGAGUCAGUAUGGGAUGAUGACACCCCGAGUGUACACUUGUUCCACAUUUACAAUCCAGGCUGUCGCUCCGUCCUCCCUUCAACUCUCCCUUUGUUCUUGCUGGGAAGUUUUUUGUUUUUUUUUCUUCAUCUUUAAGGACGUUUUUGGCCAAAGUCGACCAUUUUUCUAUAAUUAUGUAGAGUAGGUCGACAAACGUUUGAAGUGGCCCUUUGAGGAAGGGUAAUUGCUCAUUUAUUUGAUCCCAUCCAAAGACGUGUGUUCUUAAAGCAUUUAAAGGGAACAAUGGGUCGGAAGGUGACUUGAUGAAAUGCUAAUGUCAUUCCAGAAUGCUGAGUGAAGGGCAAAGUUCCAUGGAUGAACUCCUCUUGAAAGGUAAAAGGGAAUUUCAGUGAUUUGCUGAUGUAUAUUUAUGUUUGCACUUGCACCUCUCUUGAUUGACACGCCUCACAUUACAAGUAGAUAGCACAUAUGCUUGUGAAGUAAGUAAUACUUGAAUGGACUGCAUGUUUACACACGUUUGGACUUCUGCUACUGUCCUCCCAGAGACGCUGCCUCAUACACAGCAGCUAAAUAAACUCGUAUGGCACUGGUGGAAAAGAAAAAAUCCAUCAAGGCCAGUCUUAUUUA